AUGAGGCUCAGAGAUUAUUCAUGCAGACGUUUCCUCUCGGCUGAGUACAGUAGUGAGAGCAGCCGGCGACUUCGAUUGUGUUCUUUAGUUUUUCUUCAGGUUUUUGAUUAUAAAAUGAGAAAAAGGAACAUUGUCUGUAAGUCGGUUCCCCAGUUGGUGUCGCGGUGGACGCAGCCUGAGAAGAAGACGUGCGAAGCAACACACGUCAUCGGAGUCCAGCAGUGACAGUGUGGAGGGCGUGAACAGAAGAGGAAGAGGAAGAGGAGAGGAAGAAGAGCAGAGGAGAUCUGACCCCGGUCGCCAUCGGGGGGCCAAAUGGGCGAGACGGAGGACGAGCGCACGGCGCAGGCCAGCCAGCUCUUUGAGAACUUUGUGCAGGCGUCCACGUGCAAGGGGACGCUGCAGGCCUUCAGCAUCCUGUGCCGGCAGCUGGAGCUGGAUCCGCUGGACUACAGCCACUUCUACGGCUCGCUGAAGGCUGCCGUCAGCACGUGGAAGGUCAAGGCUCUGUGGACCAAACUGGACAAGAGGGCGCAGCACAAGGUCUACAACCAGAACAGAGCCUGCCAGGGCACCAAGUGUCUGAUCAUCGGCGGCGGCCCCUGUGGCCUGCGGACGGCCAUCGAGCUGGCGCUGCUCGGCUGCAAGGUGGUGGUGAUCGAGAAGAGGGACACCUUCUCCAGGAACAACGUGCUCCACCUGUGGCCCUUCACCAUCCACGACCUCCGCGCCCUCGGAGCCAAGAAGUUCUACGGCAAGUUCUGCGCCGGCGCCAUCGAUCACAUCAGUAUCCGUCAGCUCCAGCUGAUGCUGCUGAAACUGAGUCUGAUCCUGGGAGUGGAGAUUCAUACCAACGUGGAAUUUGUCAAACUUGUGGAGCCACCAGCCGAGCAGACUGACGACAGCGACAGCCCCGGGUGGCGAGCAGAGGUGCGGCCCUCCGGCCAUCCCGUCUCCGACUUUGACUUUGACGUGGUGAUCGGAGCCGACGGACGGAAAAACACGUUAGACGGCUUUGGUCGCAAAGAGUUCCGAGGCAAGUUGGCGAUCGCCAUCACCGCCAACUUCAUCAACAGGAACACGACGGCAGAGGCCAAAGUGGAGGAGAUCAGUGGCGUGGCCUUCAUCUUCAACCAGAAGUUCUUCCUGGAGCUCAGGGAGGAGACGGGUAUCGACUUGGAGAACAUCGUCUACUACAGAGACAACACCCACUACUUUGUCAUGACGGCGAAGAAGCAAAGUCUGCUGGACAAAGGUGUCAUCAUAAACGACUACGUAGAAACCGAGCGACUGCUGGGCCCCGACAAUGUCAACCAGGAAGCGUUGCACUCUUACGCCCGCGAGGCGGCCGACUUCGGCACAAACUACCAGCUGCCGUCGCUGGACUUCGCCAUCAACCACUACGGGCAGCCGGACGUGGCCAUGUUCGACUUCACCAGCAUGUACGCGUCGGAGAACGCCGCCUUGAUCAGGGAGAAGCACGGACACCAGCUGCUCGUCGCUCUGGUGGGAGACAGUCUGCUCGAGCCCUUCUGGCCGAUGGGUACCGGCUGUGCCCGGGGAUUCCUGGCAGCCUUCGACACGGCCUGGAUGGUGAGGGGCUGGACGCAGGGGAGGAGUCCGCUGGAGGUCCUGGCCGAGAGGGAGAGUAUCUACCGACUGCUGCCUCAGACCACCACAGAGAACAUCAGCAAAAACUUUGAACAGUACGCCAUUGACCCGGCAACCCGCUACCCCAACCUCAACUCCAGCUGCGUGCGGCCUCACCAGGUUCGUCACCUGUACGUCGACGGCCAACAGGCCUCGUGUAAGCUGGAGCGAGGAGGCCCCACGCGUCGGUCCGUCAACCUGUCCAGAAAAGAGUCCGACGUGCGUCCCGGCCGACUGCUCACCUGGUGCCAGAAGCAGACGCGAGGCUACCGGGGCGUCGACGUCACCAACCUCACGUCGUCCUGGAGGAGCGGCCUGGCUCUCUGCGCCCUCGUGCACCGCCAGAGGCCCGAGCUCAUCGACUACGAAUCUCUCAACGAGGAGGACGUGGCGGGGAACAACCAGUUGGCGUUCGACGUGGCCGAGCGAGCGUUCGGCGUCCAGCCCGUGACUACGGGGAAGGAAAUGGCCGCCGAGGACGAGCCGGACAAGUUGCUGAUGGUCCUCUACCUCUCCAAAUUCUACGAGGCCUUCAGGAACUCGCCAGUGAACAACGGUACGAGAGAACCAGAUGAAAACAGUGAAGAUCUUCUGUCUAAAUUCAGCCACAAGCUGCUGAACGCGCCCGUGCACAGGAAGAGGAUCCCCAGGGACGACAAGACGGUGGAAGAUGAUUCUGUCAACAAGAGACGGCGAAAGGGAAACCACUACCUCACAGAGUUGUCCUGUCACAGUGCGCUCCCUGCUGGCGAGGCCGGGGAGCUGCGGGAGAACAAGGUGCGCUCCAUGGCGACUCAGCUGCUCGCCAAAUUCGAGGAGAACUCGUCGACGGCGAGGACGCGCGGCAAGUCUGAUGAGGACCCAUCCGACCCAUCCCCUCCUCCUCCUCCUCCUCUGUCUCCUUCCACCACUUCGCCUCCUCCCUCAGACGAGGAGGACGAUGAGGAAGAAAGGGAGGAGAGUCAAAACCCCCGUUUUGCAAAGCCCAAAGACGCCCCUCCUCCUCCUCCUCCGCCCCCCGCCCGCCCCAAGUGGCAGCCAUCUGUUUACCUUCGCUUGCUGGAGAAACCUUCUCCCUCUCCGAGCGGCUGCAGUCGCUCCCCUUCCCCCUCGUUCUCUCGGAGCCCGUCGAGUCCGCCGCGCUCGCCCAGCCCCAACGCUACCGAACAUCACUACCCAGAACGCACCUCUCCCGACCUCCUCCUCCACACCAGUCGUUUCUCUGUCACUCCUCCGUUGAGCGCCGACGGCUCGGAGGAGUCGGUGCCGCAGAGGAAAGCGUUUUCUCGGAUGGGCAUAAAGGAGAGAGCCGUCCUCCUCUCCUCCAUGUUCCCUGGGUCCAACAAACCUCCUCCUCCUCCUCCUGCUCCCUCUCCUCCCUCUGAGUCACAGGUUGAUGUAUCUUCCUCCUCCUCCCCUCUUCCUCCAUCACCUCCUCCUCCUCCUCCUUCUCCUGCCUCUGUAUCUAAGAGCUCCUCCGUCUACCCUGUGGUCCACCCUGUCCCUGACCCCACCGCCCAGAACGGCUUCUCCUCCGCCUCCUCUCCCUCGUACGCCUCUGGAGUCAAAGUUCAGAGACACUCGUCCACUCCACACUCUGGAAAAACAGAGCAAAUAUCCUCGAUCAAUGCCGGUUCCUCCGCGUGCGACGACCAAACGUCCGCUCCCCUUUCGUCGCCUCGCCGUGACGAGGGUCGGGAGAUCUCCCGAUCUCUUCCGGUUUCUUUGCUGCAGAGGAAACUGUCUCUGACCGAUCGUAAGACCGAACGGGAAAGGGUCCACGAAACUGCUCAGGACACAUCGGAUGAUGGGAAAUUAGCUGAACAUGGUCACAUGAAGUCCGGCGGGAGCUGCGCCCUUGAGAACGCCAGAGGAAUCGUCCGAAGGUCGAUCGCUCGCUCUGAGAGUUGUCCGACCGGAGCGGCUCCUAGUUACAUUAAAGAGCGUACGGUCGGAAAGGUGUCGUCAGCCAUAGGCGCUAAAGCUCAGUUACUGGCCAUCCUCUAUGAGACGGACCACCGGCCCGAUAGCGCUCCGUGCGUGGUACGUAAGGACUUCUCCGCCGGGCUCGGCGGCAGCGACGUGUGUCACUUCUGCACCAAGCGGGUGUACGUGAUGGAGAGACUGAGCGCCGAGGGCUACUUCUUCCACCGCGAGUGUUUCCGCUGCGACGUCUGUAACUGCACCCUCCGCCUGGGAGGACACACCUUCGACUCGCAGGAGGCAAAGUUCUACUGCAAAGCGCACUAUGCCCAGCAUCAAUCCAGCUCUCACUCCGGCAGAUUCAGGAGGAGAAUGGACGACCAAAGCCGCGCCACGCCCUCGUCGCUGGACGGCGGGAGCUACUCGGCCAACGGCGGUGGCGUCCAGCUCCGCCCCCCAGCAGCUGCGGCCUCCAGCGAGCUCUCAGAGCAGCUUGAUGAACGUCAGGACGGAGUUCCCGAGGACACGGAGAUGGCCGAGGAGGCCGAGGAGGAUCUGGAUGCCGACGCCACGAUGUCCAAGAGCCAGAGCCACGACGGUGCCAAAGAUCUUUGUAAAGCCAAACAGAAUAAUCGAUUGAGGAGGAAGAUCCGAGCAACCUUCCCUCUGCUCUUCGUCAAGCGCUUCCAGAGAAGUCUCCCCCUGGACGAAGAGGCACCGGAGACUGUGCCCGAGGCCGACUACGAGAACAUCACGGCAACAGAGAUACAAACUAGCUGCGAUACCAGUUUUAAAAAAACACCUACAGACGCCCAAAACAAUUCUGAGCAAAGUGAAUACUUGACCGCUGUGAAGACGGUGUCUCCCCCAAAGACUCGCCUGAGGAUCCCUGAUACUCUGAAAGAGAAGCUGUUGAACUGGGACGUGACACCAGAAGAAACUCCCGUUAACACAGACGCCAAGACUCCACAGCAACUUAAAGACCAGGUACCGACAGAAGCAGAUAAGCCUCAUCGCGCCGACUCGGCCCCGGACGGAAAAAAACCUCCCCAGAGCCGAACGUCCUCCCACUCGACCUUCCAGCUCAUAGCCAACGCCUUCAGGAGGAAGUUCAGCAUGACGGAUUCCUCCAGCAGCUCCAACGCCGCAUUCGCAACGAGACCCAAACGCGAUGGGCCCCACAAGCGGAGGCCCAUGUCAGAGGGAGCGUUCAGCUUCAGCUCCCUCUUCGGCGCCGCGGGUCCGGAGCCGUCCCGAGAGGAGGAGAACACCAGGGCUGGAGGAGAGCGCGAUGCUCGGUGGGCGUCUGUCGGGGGAAGCGAUCCGUGGGGGGCCGGGCGGGACCUGCCCUCCCUGCUGCAGCAGGUGUCCCUGAGGGGCCGCAGGGACUCCGGCGGGGGGGUGUUCUCCGACGACAUGGGCUCGCUGCCCCGCAGCAGGAGGCUCGACCUGUUCUCCUCCCUGAGGCUGAGGAAGAGGGAAGCAUCGCAGGGCGAGGGGAAGGAUCACGAGGCCCAGAGGGAGAUCAGGACUAUUCUCACCAAACUCAGGAACAAAGCCUCCAGUCAACAGAAUCUGGAUGCUCCUUCGUCGUCGUCGAGUGAUGAUGACAAUGAAAACCUUCCCUUCAGUCAGAAGCUGAGUGCAGAGGGACGCAGGAGGAGGAGGCAGGAGAAGAUCGUGGCCCAACAGACGAAGAGGGAACAACUGAAGAGACUUCACAGAGCUCAGGUGAUCCAGAGACAACUGGAGGAGGUCGGGGAGAAGCAGCGAGACCUGGAGGAGAGGGGAGUCACGGUGGAGAAGAUAAUCCGAGGAGAAACUGAAUCCUCUGCGGACGGCGGCGACGACGACGAGGCCCGGCUCUAUCAGUCCUGGUUCAGACUCGUGCUGGAGAAGAACCGGUUGGCUCGCUACGAGUCCGAGCUCAUGAUCUUUGCCCAGGAGCUGGAGCUGGAGGACACACAGAGCCGCCUGCAGCAGGACCUGCGACGCCGAAUGGCCACAGAGGACACGACGAAGAGCGCCUCAGAGCUGCGGGACGAGCAGUGCGUCCUGUCGGAGAUCAUGAGGACGGUGGAGCGCCGCGACGCGCUGGUGGCCGCGCUGGAGGAGCAGCGGCUGCGGGAGCGGGCCGAGGACCGGGACCUGGAGAGCCUGGUGCUGUCCCGGGGCUACGAGUUCCACUGGGCCCCCGCGGCCGAGGCGGCGGACGACAGCUGGGGGGCGGGGGGGGAGGCCGGAGUGUGAGGGGUAGACUGACACGAAAAAUCAUUUUAAAAAAAGACUCCAGGUCACCAGUUUUAGCAAAACAAGAUUCCGUCUGACACGCUUCCUUUUAAAGAAAUGUCUGGGGUGUUUGUUCCUCCUGGCGACGACGACGGCUCGAGGCUUCACAUACGACUUCCUGUACGGCUACGAGGGUUAACAACAUCUCGGCCAUGGAGAUCGUGUGACCUCUGAACUCUGAGGUCAGGCGGGAAACACAUGUACAGUGUGACGAACCUCUUAUCAUAACAUGUGCACACGACUGACUUUGUUCCUGCCGCUCACGGGACGCAACACGUGGACGGACGCCGCGAUCCGCCUGCCGACCGUUUCAAAGCACGUGUGAAUUGUUUUCCAGUUUUGCGUCGUGACUCCGGAGACGAGUGUCAUGUUCAUGAUUCACUUUCUUGUGCGUAAAUUUUAAAAAGUUUUUGGUUUUUUGUUUGUUUGUUUGUUUUUGUUGAUGUUUUUUUCACUUCGUGUUGAAACACUGUUUAAAUAAAGUUCAGUUGAAUAUUCACUAAUGAACACAGGAAGAAAUGUUUUUGUCUGUCGGCGCACCUGGCCACACCCACAAGCUGUGAUGUAGUCACAGGCCCCGCCCCCUUCAGGUGACACCUGCUGUGAAAUCACUGUUUCUCCUCAUCCAGACUGGAUUCGCUCUGUGAUCUACUGUAACUGUCUGUCACACUGUGAUUGUUUAACCUGCUCUGUGACCCUUGACCCUUGACCCCGUCAGCUCGUCUCCCUCACAAGGAACAGAACGUUGUGUUUACAUGUUGAGUCUUAAUCGUUGAAUUACAGGAGGAACCACACGUCUCCUCUCGUUCCUCGACCUUUAUAUGUUUAUGGUUUGAAUUAACAAUAAGUUAUUGAUGAUGAUCAAAAUGAUGAUUAAGAAAAUAUAUAUAUGUAUAUAUAUAUAUACAUAUAUAUAUAUUUAUAUAUAUAUGAACUGUGUGGUAUUUCUUUGUAUGUCCGUUUUAUGCUGCUUCAAAUCUUUUUAAAAAAAAUAUCUUAAAUAAAAAUUAGUUUCAA